AUGCGCGAACACGGAAGAGAGGCGAUUGGCAUGCCGUGCGAGCUUGCGGACGUGGACACGGGCAUGCAUGAGUACGAGAGCGGGCGAGUGGAGGUGGCGCAACGCCCUCGCAUGCGCGAGACGGUAUCUGCAGGCGUCCACAGAGACGAUCGCGAAGCAUUGCCGCAUGCCGCUCAUGCUCGUCAGUUUCGACCGCCGCGUCAGUACCGCUUGGGCGGACGCUCUCGAGCGGUACGGACGAGCUGA